AUGGUCAACCUUCCAUACGAACUAUGGCUCCAUGUCAGUUUCUAUCUGACUGAGGAGGAAAUAUGGGAGAUACGAAAUCUUAACAGGAUUCUACGUAGCAUUGCUUUUGAUAGAUGCGGUUUCAAAAUAUCUGUAUCGAUGCAAGAUAUAUACUCUAGAAAAUACCGCCAUCGGUUUUCGCUGUUGAGACCAAGAGCGCCAUGCGUGUACGAGCUAGAGGUUCUCAGUGUUGCCCCUAAAAUCGCAAAAACGGCGUCAUCUCGAGAGAACGUACUUUCCAUCCUCGGUAAAUCCUGCCGAAAUCUAGUGAAGAGCGACAGGGACGCGGUAUCCAAUACCCUUUUGACCUUCACUGAAGUCAGACAUGCAGUGUUGGAAUUUGACUUCUUUCAGGAAAUAUCUUUCAGCAAACUCGUGCGCCUUUUGCAAAACUGCUUACUUCCUUCAGCAAAUUGUCUAAAGUCGCUCGAGAUAUCAUAUCCUAUGGAUUUCAUCGCGCAAACUCUAUCAACGACUCUUUUUUUCCCUCACCUGGAAUCGUUUACUGUGACAUUGUUCACUCAUUACAAAGCUGUCCUAGCUGAGAGACUUAGGAUCUUCAAUACGACGGCUGCACCGGCACUAGUGUCAUUCAUUAAUCGACAUCGACUGACGUUGACCACUUUGAAGAUGUGGUUUCUACCCUUCCGCAAGUCAACGGGUAACUUUGGAAGGUCAAUUUCUACAAAUUUCAAACUGUCGCGGCUGUUUGCCUUACUAGAGCACAUCCCAAAACUGAACACGCUGUCAAUCAGCAUUGCAGGAUCUACCAAUGUGGAAUGUAUCUUUCGCUUUUUCGAGAUGCAUUUGACAACUCUCGCAAAUCUGACCAUUGUUAUGGAUCGUAUAAUCCCCAAUUCAACACAAGGAUUUUUUCAGUUUGAACUAUCCUUUCCCAAGCUCGAAGAUUAUCAAAGAUCCACCCCGGAAUGUGAACUCCAAAAAGUGUCUUCCCUGGUAUCCAUCGAGCUACGCAACUCCAUGCACACUGAAGAAGAAUUUCUCACCAUCUUCAAUCCGGCAGUGUCUUAUCACAAACUCAAAGACUUGCGGAUAUCACUCAAGAUUCUUACUCUGGACAUAUUGGAUAUUUUUUCUCUUCACCUUCCCAACCUUCACAGCCUUGAGCUCGAUGUUGAAUUUCUUAGAUCUCGGUUCAAAGGAUAUGCGACGAUCGAUGAACGGGAAGAAAACGAAGUGAGCUUGGAUCCUUUGUUUUUCUCUGAUAAAAUGAUUGAUGAUGGUUGA